CAGUCACAUGAUCUGAUGUCAGUUCAAGACGAGCACAAUUAAACCUCCCAGCUGCAAACUACAAGCUACAAGAAGUUGGGACCCAUAACCAGAGUGGUUUCUGCGUUCUAAACCGUCUCUUUAUCACUCCUCCAAAUCACUGCAUUUGACUUUAGUUCCAUUUUUCCUUCUUUUCGCCGCGGAGCUAACGUUAGCCUAGCUAGCACAACAUCUGCUAACCGAAGCUAACUAGCUGCUGCUCAGAUUUCAUCCCGACAACAACAGAAACAUGGCCCAGGUCUGCGGUGUCCAGUCAUGGUGCCUGGGACUAACGUUACCUCUCAUCUUAGCUGCUGCCCUGCACCAGGGUUCUGCCACCGUUGCUCCUCCUACGACUGCUCAAACCACCGCUGCUCCAAACAAGGAACCCGAGAGACCCGAAAGAGGAAACUACCUGGUCGCCAGCAGCAACGGCACGGCCUGUUUGCUGGCCUACAUGGGCCUCCAGCUCAACAUCUCCUUCACUUCCUUCUCCCAGAAUCAGACUGUGCAGGAUAUCGUGAACCUCCAGCCUAAUUUCACAAAGAGCUCUGGGUCGUGUGAGGCAGAAAACGCCACCCUGCGGCUCACAACGGACGGAGAGAAAACCAACCUCACCUUUGUCUUCGCUCUGAAUACUACGUCCAGUAAGUACCACCUGAGGGAAGUGUCUCUGUCAGCGUCCUGGCCGGACAUGAAAGAACCCUUCUUUGUCCAGAACCGCAGUCUGAACUACCUGAGGGGAACCCUGGGAUACUCCUACAUGUGCCGUGAAGAGCAGACUCUGAGCGUGGCCCCCAGUCUGUCCGUCAACACCUUCCAGGUGCAGCUGCAGCCCUUCGGUCUGACUGGAGACAAGUUUGGAGCAGCUGAGGAGUGCCAGCUGGAUGAAGAUGACAUGCUGAUCCCCAUCAUCGUGGGAGCAGCUUUAGCGGGCCUCGUCCUCAUCGUGCUCCUGGCCUACCUGAUCGGCAGGAAGAGGAGCCACGCCGGCUACCAAACCAUCUGAGGUCCCUCCAUAUUCCCAGAGGCCAGAGCGCUGUCCCACCCCUCAAACUAACCUCUGCUGUCUGAGACUUAACGCUCCACCCUCCUCCCUGCUGUUCCCUUCUUCCUCCACCCCCCCGCCUCUGUGUGCUGUUCUUUCCUCAUCAGUAACUCUCAGUCAUAAUCACUCUGUGGAGGUUGAUCUGCGCUUUCUGGACUGAUCGCUCUGUCAUGAUAAAGGGACUCUGAUGGGAGGUGGUAAUGAAACGAGGUGAACCUUCUGCUGGUACCGUGUAGAGCAGGGAUGCAUGUUGAUCACAGGGUCAAGCUCUUCUACUAUUUAUGAUUUCUGUGAAAGGAAUUGUGAGGGAUUGAGGGGAUUGCUACUUUAGCUUUUCUUGCCUGUUUUUGGGGACCGUUUUUAGUGGUCUCGCCAAAAAUGAGGUUCGUUGUUUAUAAAGGGAAUAUUUCUGCCAGUUAAACUUCAUCAGACAGUAAAAACUGACUUUUUUGUUGCCAAAUUGUAUGCAGAUUUUAAGGAACAUACUAAAAAAACACAUUAAUCCUGAAAAGGAUGCACAAGGAGCUCCACAGUAGUUCAUUUGGGAAUUGAUCUGUUUGACUGGGCUCAGCGCUGAAACACUCGUUUAGAGAUACACAAGUCAUUUAGUCUGCAGACUGAAGGUACAGUAGUGAGCUUUGUUAGAUGCUACACAACUUUAUGCACUGCACUUAAAGGAAUAGUUCGGUGUUUUAGGGAAUAGCCUCUUCACUUUGUUGCUCAGAGUUACAUGAGAAGAUUGAUUGGACUCUAAACAUGAAGCUACAGUCAGGAGAUGUGGAGAGAUACUGAAAUAUUUCUUUUCUUUCUUUUGGAGGAGACUCUAAGAAGUGAAUGUGUCUGAAUACUCAUAACCAACCUACUAAACUACAACAUUUUACUGUAGAUGAAACACAUCAGACGUUACUUAGUGAGCUUUAGAGGUGUGUUUUUGAGGAGUUCUGUUACUUUUGGCCAGGCCCAGGUUGAUUUCCCCGUUUUCUUCCAGGCUCAAUGCUUGACUGUAGCUUUAUAUUCACUAUAUAGACUUUGGUUGGUCUUUAGGGCUGAUCUCGAGGAAAGAUUUUACUAGUAAACGAGUAGCUGUUAAAGAGCCAUUAGUGGAAUAAUCGUGGCACUUCCAUUAGUAAGUAAUUUAAUUAUCUGAAUGUCCAUGUUUUUAAGGAGUUAUCGGAGAAAUAAUUUGAGUUCCGCGCUAUGAGAGAAUGUUUUAAGUAGGCUAACAUUGUGAAGAGCUGAAAAUUAGGUGUUAAAAUGAAAUUAUCACAAGCACAUGCAUGAAAUAAGCCGCAGCAACACCAGAAACACUAAUGAUGAGAAAGUACACUCAACAUUUUGUUAGUAAAUCUGAACAAAGGUGCAGAUGGCUCUUUAUUUAUACCGACGUUUGUCCGUAGCAGAGCAUUCAAUAAAUGUCUAGUUUUUAACCCUCGUGUCGUCCUGCAGGUCAAACUGAUCCGUUUUAAAGUUUGAAAAUGUGGAAAAAAUACAUUUUCACAGUGAAACUUCUGAUGUCCACAUUUUCAACAUUUUGGGAAAUCUUUGAACAUUUUUUGGUGGAAAAAAGAAAUGUUAAAAAUGUUAAGAACAUUCAGAAAAAAAAUCUAAAUGUUCUUAAAGAAAAUAUUAGAAGUUUUACUGAUAUAUAUGUAGUAACUUUACAUAUUUUUAGGAUUUUUUUGAAGAUUUUUACUCAUUUUUUGAGAAUUUGGGGGGAUUUUUAAAAAAAAUAAAACUUUUAAGGGAAACUUAAGAAAUUAUUGGAGUUUUCUUCCUGAAGGUUUUGCAAAUUUUCAGAAAUUUGGGGAAUUUUUUUCUUGAAUUUUGGGAUUUUUUUCAGACAAGGAAACUAUAUUUUUUGGUGCCGUAAAUGAGGACAACAGAAGGGUUAAACUAGCAUAAGAACCCUGACAAAUUGUCUUUCCAUGUCAGCUUUUAGGGUCUUUUACUUUCUGAAAUGAUCACAAGCUUUGGAUUUCCAGCCCGAUCCAAUCUAGUUACUGUCCAGUAGCUGCAGGUACCGGCUGUGUGAAGGAUAAUCUGACUGACUGUGUGUUCUGAAACCAACCAAUCAAAACUGGGAUGACUGAGACUUUUAGGAAGCAGCUCUAUUAUUGAUCUUCUCAUGUAACUCGAGUGAUUUUCCCACAGUGACGAUAGACACUCCUGUGGAUUCUGCUGUUACGUUUAACACACAGACACCAGGAUUUGCUGAAACAAUCUGUAAAACGGCACUAUUGGUUUAGAUGAAGAAGCUCAGGACAUCACCGUAGGAAUGGUCAGUGUUUGUUUGUUUGUUCUGCGUAUUUGGGAUUUUUUUUUGCUGAAGGGAAAGGCUGACGUCCUGAGAAGCAGCCCCCGAGUAAUGUCAAGAAAAAUGUCCAGAAUGCUCCAGUCAGUGUUGAUCAGUGCCUUUCCAGCUGUAACGUAGAUGGAGUUCAAGUAAAGUCAGAAUCACACAGGGACUCGCUCUCACUCUGACUCUGUGCUGCCAAUUAUCAGACAUUUUCUUUGUGUCUCACAUGCCUUCAUGUGCUGUUACUACCAGAAAUACACUCUGUUUGGUGUAGUAGGAGAAAGUACAGAUAUUUAUGUUUUUUUGUGUUCAUUUUUCCUCCCUCAUCUUAAUAUCCAUAUAGUGAUUUAAUAAGGUUUUAAUGGAUUUGUUUGAACUGUUUUUUGAAGGAGAGGCCAAUAAAAGUGAACCACUGAG